GGGGCAGAGCCAAGAGGCGCGGCGGCGGCGGCGGCGGAGGAGGAGGAGGAGAAGGCGGAGGAUGCGGGGGGCUGCGGGCGGCGGCGCGGCCCUGUCCGCAGUGAAGCCCGCGGCGCCCGAGGUGCAGGGAGUGGCCGUCGCCUCCUGCGCACAUCAUUCCUGAGAUGGCGGCGGCGGCGGCGCGGCGGCUCGGAGAGCCCGGGAGAGGCCAGCCGGGCGCGGGCUGAUCCCGGCCGGCCGGGAGCUCGCCGGAGGGCCCGCGCGGCGGCGGAACCCGGGCGCGGAGGUUUGGGGGACGGCGAGGCCGGGAGCGGCCCCGGAGCGGAGCGCACGGCCCGGGGAGGCCGCGAUGGCGAACGCUAGCGAGCCGGGCGGCGGCGGCGGCGGCGAGGCGGCCGCCCUGGGCCUGAAGCUGGCCACGCUCAGCCUGCUGCUGUGCGUGAGCCUGGCGGGCAACGUGCUGUUCGCGCUGCUCAUCGUGCGGGAGCGCAGCCUGCACCGCGCCCCGUACUACCUGCUGCUCGACCUGUGCCUGGCCGACGGGCUGCGCGCGCUCGCCUGCCUCCCGGCCGUCAUGCUGGCGGCGCGGCGUGCGGCCGCCGCGGCGGGGGCGCCGCCGGGCGCGCUGGGCUGCAAGCUGCUCGCCUUCCUGGCCGCGCUCUUCUGCUUCCACGCCGCCUUCCUGCUGCUCGGCGUGGGCGUCACCCGCUACCUGGCCAUCGCGCACCACCGCUUCUACGCCGAGCGCCUGGCGGGCUGGCCGUGCGCCGCCAUGCUGGUGUGCGCCGCCUGGGCGCUGGCGCUGGCCGCGGCCUUCCCGCCCGUGCUGGACGGCGGCGGCGACGACGAGGACGCGCCGUGCGCCCUGGAGCAGCGGCCCGACGGCGCCCCCGGCGCGCUCGGCUUCCUGCUGCUGCUGGCCGUGGUCGUGGGCGCCACGCACCUCGUCUACCUCCGCCUGCUCUUCUUCAUCCACGACCGCCGCAAGAUGCGGCCCGCGCGCCUCGUGCCCGCCGUCAGCCACGACUGGACCUUCCACGGCCCCGGCGCCACCGGCCAGGCGGCCGCCAACUGGACGGCGGGCUUCGGCCGCGGGCCCACGCCGCCGGCGCUCGUGGGCAUCCGGCCGGCGGGGCCCGGCCGCGGCGCGCGCCGCCUCCUCGUGCUCGAGGAGUUCAAGACGGAGAAGAGGCUGUGCAAGAUGUUCUACGCCGUCACCCUGCUCUUCCUGCUGCUCUGGGGGCCCUACGUCGUGGCCAGUUACCUGCGGGUCUUGGUGCGGCCCGGCGCCGUCCCCCAGGCCUACCUGACGGCCUCCGUGUGGCUGACCUUCGCCCAGGCCGGCAUCAACCCUGUUGUGUGCUUCCUCUUCAACAGGGAGCUGAGGGACUGCUUCAGGGCCCAGUUCCCCUGCUGCCAGAGCCCCCAGACCACCCAGGCCUCCCUCCCCUGCGACUUGAAAGGCAUCGGCUUAUGAGGGGCUCUCGAGCCACGGACGCCCCACCCGGCCUUUCCCUUUGGCUCGGACAGUGACGUCGUCCCUCCCCUUGCGGCCCCCUUGUUGAUUUUCUAAGCUGCCUUCGAGAUGACUCUCCAAGUGGAUCAGCACUUGGGCUCUACAGAGAGACUACUUUUUCGAGGGGGAGGGAUGGGUUUCGAUGUUCCAGCCCCACCCCAGCUCCGUGCAUUUGUCCUAAGUGUAUUUUCAUCCUGACAAUAGGCCUUGGAGUCUUUGUACUGGUACUGACUGACGUCUUUUAUUCUAUGUGUUUUUCUUUCUUUCUUUUUUUAAUACAGGCUAAACUAAUUUUCUUCAUGCAACGUUUCCUAAAGACCAUGGCCAGUUUUCUACAGAAGCUAUUUUUGACAACCUCAAGUGGCAUUACAUUUUGCAGUGAAGUAGAGGAACCUAGGGGGACUUCACAAGUUUGACUUCUUGAGGGUCUUCUGUUGGAAGCAGGAGAAAGAGGGAGAAAUUGUCUUAAGUUCCCUCUGAGUUGCCAGCCGGCCGUGGGGUCCGUUGCGCUGCCCUGGCUCGUUGAAAGGGUUGAAAACUUUGUUCGGUAUUGAUAAUGAAUUUAAAGAGCAGAAACGGGAAUGUAAAGUUGCAAGGCGGUGUUUGUAAGCAGUAACAAGUAAUGGGAUUUGUUUCCUACCUUACUUUCUACUACUAGAAAAUACACAUCAGCUACAACUGCUCUCUGUAUUAUACCAAUCUUGAGUGGAAACAUUUCUGUAAAAUUGUAACUUUUAAAAGAGUAAAAAGUGUUUUGGUUAGUGAUGGUGUGGAGAAAAUACAGUAUUGCAUGUUUUUGUGCUGAUUGUGGCUCACGGAUUGGAAAGGCUCUGAGAAGCAGAGUACGAAAUCAGAAUUGCUUAGGUAUUUUUUGCCAAUAAAGAUUAAAAUACGUUUAGGGAAGCAGCUUGUGCUUUGAGAAGCCCAGUUUUAUUCUGUCUUAUGAAACGAAUUUCCACUUUGAAAAUGGUUCUUCUUUUGUUCAUGGUAUAAAAGAAUGGAACAUAAUGAUACUCUACUUCUACAAGACAAAGCAUUUCCUUAAAAUGUUUGCUAGGUUAAGCUGUGCUGUUCAUCUGAUGGAUAUUUUAAAUUAAUAAUGACAACCAUAAUUUUAAAUACUUGUUAGACAUAUUGUAAUCUUAAAUGGAAAGACUAAAUUCUGCAAGUACUGUAUAAUAUUUUUUGCUUAUAAUGCUACAUUUUUAUUAAUGUACCUUACGUUUUGAGGAUUUAUAUCUGUAUUUCUCUUUGCAUUAUACAAAUAUACCAGUAUUUUCAUUCUGGAGUGGUUUCUUGUUGCUGUUGCCUGAGGCUGUGACUGGUGGUAAGACACUUCUAAAUAUGAUAUUCAUGUUCCAUUAGCCUUUUGUGCAUGCCUAUUUGGUUGACCAUCAGCAUAUUUAAGACAUUUAGAGUCUUGUUAACUUAAAAUGCAAGAUAAAAAUCUGCAAAUCUUCUCUUUAAAGAAACAGUAGAUGUAUAUACUGCUUUUAUAACUUUUUUAAUGAACAUACAAAACACGAGAGUGAGCAUUUUGAUAAAAAUAACUAAAUAAGGUGCAGUAAAUAUCUUGAAGUUUACUAUAAUUGAGCAUAAUAUGAAGUGUUUAGUCCCAGAGGCAUAAGCCAAAAUAAAGGGGUGGCCAGUUUAUCUCUGACAAAGGCAUUGUUUUGUCUGUAGCAGACAGUCUGUGAAGAUGGUCUCAUAUUUGGAAAAUAUUAAAUAUCACCCUAUUUCUUCCCAGAUCAUGAGACCAGAUAAAUAUUAAUUCUCCAAGAGCAGCUUGUCAGAAAUCUCAGCUAACCUGAAGACAGAGAGGCGGGGAAGUAAAUCUCAUCUUAAACCACCCCCCUCCCCCAUUCUAGUGAUCCAUGUUAAAAAAAAAAAAAAAAAGAAGAAGAAGUCUCUAAGCCAAUGUGAUUUUCAGAGUAUUUAACACCUGGCAUGGCUCAGAGAACAAGUCAUCUGACUCCUGAACACAUCCAGCCUUACACAGCAGCCUGUCGGAACAACCCGUGGGCCCUAUAUAUAUGGCUUUGAGUUCAUGGAUAUUUUUUUCAUAGGAGAAUCCAUAAGCCAGUGAUCCUCAAAUUUUAAUAUUCAUUAUAAUUACAUGAAGUGCUUGCAGAGUCCAGAGAUUUCGUAUUAGGAGGGGUUGAGGUUGGACCCAAGAAAGGAUAUCCUUAAGAGGUACCCCAGUUGGCCGGAGAGAGACCAAUAGGUCUUUGUGUUCAGACAUAAGAUCUAUUUUAGAUGCCAUGUCUAUAAACUCGGUUAUCUGGUUUUGGUUUUGUUGUGUUUUAUUCUGAUUAGAUGGAUGAUUUCUAAUGAGAGUUCAGGUGAAGAGUAAUGAGAAAUGACAGCCAACUGUAAAGGGAACAGAAGAACAAAGAGAGGCAGAGAAAUGAGCUAUCUAUGGGAAUAGUGUGUAGAGGCAAAACGCCCCUCACACCUCCACAGCUUUUUGGAUCAAUGACUCUAUUAACAUGUACUUUGAUUGCUAAUUAUAUUAAUAAAACAUCAUCAAGAAAAA